UGACUUCAACUCAACAACAACUUGACUACAAAUCUACAUUUCCAGGCUUUCCGAGUUCAAAAUAAGUCCAACCAUCAUAAGUCCAAUGGCUUCACAAAAUGCGACGGCGUCUGGACUCGAAGGUAUUGCCGGAGGGGAUUUGCGCCGACGGCCAACGAAUAUCGUGUCUCGGGAUGCGGUCGUUACAGUUGCUCGUGACACCGAAACAGACUCCGGUAAUCCGAAGAAUAAGAAGAAGGAAAAAGUGGAAACGGGCUGGCGAGGCCAGGCUCCCAACGUCAUAGCUGUGGUCUCCUUGUUGCUCAACCUAGCAGUUACGAUACCAUUCGGCUAUCUCAACUUCUGGGGCUCAAAGACUGCCGAGAAGGACGCCUCGAGGGCGUCGAUGGUGGCAGCCAAGCUUGCAAGAUGGCAGAACUGCAUAGCUCAUGCUGGCCAUCCGCAAGUUCGGGACUCGCUUUGGUGUGGGGUGUACGCAUCAGAGGACAUCCCUCUCGAUUACAUGCUUUCUGAUACAGGCAUUCAAGAUGCAGAGUAUACCAAAGCCGUGCAUGCAUUAGCUCUUCAACACUAUAUCAAAACGGCAGGGUUUGCUGCAAUGACUGGAAUGUUCCCGGUAACUCUGCAGAUUCCCACAAAUAUACGGAAUUACGAAUCAAACUACGCUGUGUUCUGUGCGAAGGGCGUCGGGCUCAACCUUCUGCAAAACAUCCCAGACAUAUCGAAGAGCGAUCCUACUCUAGUGGUGGGGAAUUUCUUAGCGGUGCAAGAGUUGAAUCCCUCCCUUGAAGUGUACCCCGGGUUUGAGGGGGACAACUGUAAAGUUAUAUGGGGUUCAGGCAUUGAAAUGACGAAACAUAUUAAGAUUACGCCUCCCGAGAGGAUUGAUCCUGUUGGGAAGGGAAGGUGGAUGGCAACGCCCGACGUGGCGUUAGAAUUUCCAGCGAGAUAUCACCUCCAAGAAUGGCAUAUCUUCAUGGACGGUAGUUCCUGGGCUAUGCGGGAAAUGGAACGCGCGGAAAAGAUACUUGGAGUUCCAUCAGAACUCACAAGAAGUGAACUCAUUAGCUGGGAUGAAUUGAGAUAGUUAAGGGUGGCUUGCAGCUCUGUGCCCAGCCCCCAGACCCACGGGGCCGUUGCCAGCACAUGCUGUACGACCGUUGGGACUCGAACAAGGUCAAAUAUGGCUCCACAUCAGCAACUUGUGCAUUUUGCCA